CGUAAGCUUUCUUCCCUUCUUCUUCAUCCUCUGACUUAGCCGAUUGCCAUUUCCCGAAAUUUUCAACUUCUCUCUCUCUAUCUUUUUUUUUUUUUUUUUCCUCUUUUAAGAGAUGUAUGUGGCUUUAAACCUCCAAAUCACGCUCUCUCCACUCUUUGCUUCUUUAUUAUCUGUCUCCACUUCUUUGGCUUUAACCCCUCUUGCCGAUUUCUUCUAACCCCAUUACCUCUGUUUUUUGGGUUUAAUUUCCAUUUCGAUUCCAUUGAGGUGUUGGAUUGAUUUGGACGCCGACAAAAUUCUGGGAUUUCUUUUUCAUCUUCAAUUAACAAUACCCUUUUCUCGAUUUCGAUUUUUUCGAUCUGAUUUGGGUUCUGAAUUGCUGGAUGUGAUUGAUUGAAUCGGCGAAGUUUCAAUCGUGGUUUUUUUUCAUUGGAAUUUGAUUUGAGAUGGUCUAUUUCCCAUACUCGAUCUCGGUCUGCAAGUCCGUUGACCAACCAACCGUUAUGGCGAGUUCGGUGAAUUUAGCCGAUUCAAGUUCCAAAUCAAGAAACAAAAGGAUGCCUGCUUCAUCGACUUGUUCGAAAUUCCCUGUUUGUCAUCGGUCUCGAUCGGCCGUUAUCGAUAUUGUGAUUUUGAUUGCUGUGGUUGGUGCUUGUGGGUUUUUGUUAUUUCCUUAUAUGAAGCUUGUGAUCGUUGAAUCCCUUGAGAUUUUUGGGGCGAUUCUGUAUUUAAUGGGAGAAGAAGUCUCUCGUGCUCCUUGGAUUUAUGGAUCCAUUGGACUUAGUAUUUUCUGUGCAUCAUUAGCUGCUUGGGUUGUUUUGAUUUGUACAAGCAGGAAAUGUGGAAAUCCUUAUUGCAAAGGACUUCGAAAGGCGGCUGAAUUUGAUAUACAAUUGGAGACAGAGGAGUGUGUGAAGAACUCCACUCCAUUGGUUAAAAAUGGAGUGAAGAAAGGGCUUUUUGAAUUGCCCCGUGAUCAUCACCGUGAAUUAGAAGCUGAACUUAAGAAGAUGGCACCUCCUAAUGGAAGAGCAGUGCUCAUUUUUAGAGCAAGAUGUGGCUGUUCUGUUGGUAGGUUGGAAGUCCCUGGGCCUAGGAAGCAGCUGAAGAAGAUCAAGAAAUAGUAGUAUCUACUAAUAAUAUUGUUUAAAAAGCAUAUAGAUAGGAUAUCAUUACAGGUUUACUCAGUAUGCGGAGAAAAAAUUUCUUACUCGUGGGAAAUUUGAUGUCUCUAAAUAAGCUCAUGGCAGACAGGUGUAAGGAACAUAUACAGUUUUUAAGUAGGGAAUAUACAAUCCUUGUUGCAUCAA